CUUCCGCAUUUGCUUUCCUAAGCCCCAUUCUCCUCUGCGACGACGACGAAAUGUUUCGGUCCGCUUUAAACAAACUCACACGAACCCAAAACCCUAAUCUCUUCGUCAAAACCCUAGCUUCAAUUCUCUCAACCCAUCGCGAUGCCGUCUCCUCCUCCUCAUCAUCAGCAUCAAGCCCUAGCCUCUCGAUCUGGAGGAGGAAGAAGGAGAUGGGAAAAGAGGGGCUCUUCGUCGUCCACGAGAUCAAGAGAUUGGGAUCUGGGCCGAAACUCGAGCGAUUCAUGAAGUCUCACGUCUCUCGCCUCCUGAGGACCGAUUUGCUUGCGGUUCUCGCUGAGCUCCAGCGGCAAGAUCACGUCUUUCUCUCUAUGAAGAUAUAUGGAGUUGUAAGAAAAGAAAUUUGGUACCAUCCUGAUAUGUACUUCUACCGAGACAUGCUUUUCAUGCUUGCAAGGAACAAGAAAGCUGAGGAAGCAAAGCAGGUUUGGGCAGAUUUAAGGAAUGAGAGAGUCUUAUUUGAUCAGCAUACAUAUGGAGAUAUUGUAAGGGCCUUUUCAGAUGGAGGCUUAAUUUCUUUGGCCAUGGAGUUUUAUGAUGAGAUGAGGAGUUCUCCCGAUCCACCGCUCUCUUUACCGUUCAGGGUUAUCUUGAAAGGCCUCUUACCGUAUCCAGAUCUAAGAGAGAAAGUGAAAGAAGACUUUUUGGAGUUGUUCCCUGACAUGCUUAUAUAUGAUCCUCCUGAAGACCUGCUCGAUGAGCAGCACUAAGCAGGAUUCGUUAAGCGAGUUUUAACUUCACUUGAAGCCUACAACAUUUGCGAUCAUAAAGGAAAGUUCUCGCUCUUGAUGCAAGUGUCGGUUCGAUGUUACAGAUUAGAAAAUGAGAUUGAAGGAAUAUGGUUCAACAGUUUGAACCUAUUAACCUUUAAAUGAUGGACUCGUCAACAAAGGGCUGUUCUCUAACAAAUCCUAGAAGCCAUAGUGGAACUGGCAACUGCCUUCAGAUGGCAAGCGUUUUCAGUCUCUUUUUGAAGUUGAAAGUUUGACAUCUGAGGAAUGUUUUGUUACUUGUGAUGCUUCAAGCAAGAUCAAGUAAUGUAAGUUUGAGCAUUUCAUUUACAAGAGCAGGUCUAGGUAGCUCUUGUUUUUAUCGUACCAUCACCCUGGGAGUGUUAUGAUACCUGUGCAAAACAUAUAUCUUGAAUACACAUUAUUUAAUCGUCCAUUCCUUUGAUUGGCGACCAAUCUCAUCUUUAUGUAAGGCACGAUAUUGAUAUGCCAUAUCUUGGACUUUUUUAUAACUAUUAUUUCUUUUGUUGUUGUUA